AUGAAUGAAUUUUUUAGUAUGGACAAUUUUGCAAGUAGUUCAAUGUUAAACUCAUCUGGAAGUGUCUCAUUCUCUGAUAAUGAAUCAGUUUGGUUUGGUAAUAGCUUAGGUGGCGGUUCAUGUGGUUUCACACCAUGUUUCAAUCCAUGCAGUAGUGGCAAUAGUAACAUUAUCAAUAUUGAUAUUGAUAUUGGUCGUCGUAGAAGAUGCUGUUAA